AUGAGUUUUUCUGACGACGAAGAUUUUGACGAUAUUUACGGUGACGAUAAUAAGCAAAAAUCUGUGACGAACGACAGCAGCAGCACCAACAACAAUGUGGUUGCCGAAGAGCAUAAGGCGGAGGAAUCUGUAGUCAAAAACGAACAACCUCAGAAUGAGGAAUCCAGCGCGGCGACUGCUUCCGGCGGUAUUGCUGGCGCCGGAAACCCCCCAUCUUCUUCUUUAGACCAAUUGGCUGCCCUUCAAGUCUUAUCGUCCAAUCUGAACCAGCUACAACAACAAUCUACAAGUAAUAGCUCAAAUAAUAAUACUACUAAUUCUUCUGAUAGCACAAAUAAUGAUUCUAAUAAAGGCAUUGCGCAGGAUCAGCUGCUUGCACAGGCGAUGCCUGACUUGUCACAGUUGCAGCAAUUGCAACAGACGAUGACCCAAUUACAACAGCAGGCUGCGCCUCUUACCGCCCAGCAGCAAGAGGCUAGGCAGGUGAAGGCGGAUCUCUCUCGUGAUAUAAACAAGAUGUUUAUUGGCGGUUUGAAUUGGGAAACCACAGAAGACAACUUACGUGAAUAUUUUUCCAAAUAUGGAACGGUCACUGAAGUAAAGAUUAUGCGCGAUGGUACAACCGGUAGGUCGAGAGGUUUUGGGUUUUUAUCAUUUGCGGAUGCUUCAAGUGUGGACGAAGUUGUUAAAACUCAGCAUAUAUUAGAUGGUAAGGUCAUUGAUCCUAAACGGGCAAUUCCAAGGGAGGAACAGGAUAAGACCGGAAAGAUUUUUGUUGGUGGUAUUGGUCCAGAUGUAAGACCGAAAGAAUUUGAAGAGUUUUUCUCAGAGUGGGGGUCUAUCAUAGAUGCCCAACUUAUGUUGGAUAAAGAUACAGGCAGAUCUAGGGGAUUUGGGUUUAUUACAUAUGAUUCUCCUGAUGCUGUCGAUAGGGUUUGUCAAAAUAAGUUCAUUGAGUUCAAGGGAAAGAGAAUUGAGAUAAAACGCGCUGAACCAAGACAGGUCCAGAAACAGAGGACCACUAACCCCUCGCCUACCACUCAGUCAGGGACAUUUAGUAAUAACGGUCAAACCACACAACCGCAGCCGCAGCCGCAACCACAGCAACAGCAAUUCCAAAUGAUGACUAACCCUAUGAUUGCUAACCCAAUGUUCAACCCACAAGCCAUGGCCGAUUAUUAUUCGAAAAUGCAAGAAUAUUAUCAGCAAUCUGGUAUCGAUUAUAGUCAGAUGUAUCAACAGCAAAUGCAGCAGAUGCAGCAGAUGAUGUCGAUGAUGAGUGGUACGGGCAAUGCAGUGGGAACUAUGCCCCCGGCACCAAAUGGUGCUUCUCCUCCAGGAGAUGAUGGCAACGGUGUUCCCACUAUCGGUGAGGACUCUUCGUCUAGUUCAUCUGGCAAGGACAACAACGAAAAAGAAUCAUCUAAUACACGUCAUGAUUCUUACGGUAACAGAGAUAGAGAAAGGUCCCCAGAUUCUCGUAGGGGUCAUAGAAACUAUAAUAAUGAUCGGGAAGAUGGUCAUGGUUUCCGUCGCGAAAACCGUGAUCGUGGCUUUCGUGGUCGUGAGCGCCGUGGCGGUGGAUAUGGUCGAGACAGACGUGGUUACCACCCAUAUUCCAGAUAA